AUGACUGUCUCCGAGCUCAUUGACCACUCUCCAAAUCAACCUACUAAGGCGAAACGACUCGAGAAUGCGUCCAAUGUCAUCCUGGUCGAUAAUUACGACUCAUUCACCUGGAAUAUCUACCAGUACCUUGUGCUAGAGGGGGCAACCGUAUCUGUUAUCCGUAACGAUGCUAUUUCUUUGGAAGAACUUAUCGCAAAGAACCCUACCCAACUGGUUAUCAGUCCUGGGCCUGGCCACCCAGAUACAGAUGCUGGAAUAAGCAAAGAAGCUAUUCAGCACUUUGCCGGAAAGGUACCUGUUUUUGGAGUAUGCAUGGGAGAACAGUGCAUAAUCUCGUCAUUCGGAGGGAAGGUUGAGGUAACGGGAGAGAUCUUACAUGGCAAAACAUCGCAGCUCAAGCACGACUCAAAGGGUGUAUACGCCACCCUUCCUCCCAAUCUGGUAGUGACAAGAUACCAUUCUCUGGCGGGAACCCACCAGACAAUUCCCGACUGCUUGGAGGUUACCUCGUGGACAGAACUGGAAAAUGGUGGUCGCGGCAUUAUUAUGGGAGUCAGACACAAGCAAUGGACUGUUGAGGGUGUCCAGUUUCACCCUGAGAGUAUUUUAACGGAGCAUGGACGUACAAUGUUUCGAAACUUUUUAAAUUUGAGGGGCGGCACCUGGGAGGCAAACACAGAUGGAGCUAGAGUUGCCCUACCUUCAUCUUCUAAGAAAGGGUCAAUAUUGGAGAAAAUCUAUGACCAUCGUCGAGCUGCUGUAGAAUUACAGAAAAAAGUACCUUCCCAGCGGCCUGAGGAUUUGCAGGCAGCAUAUAACCUUGGAAUUGCACCACCAAUAGUUUCUCUGCCCGAUCGGCUGAGGAGCUCUCCACUUUCUCUUGCCUUGAUGGCAGAGAUCAAAAGAGCGUCGCCUUCUAAAGGAAUAAUCUCUUCUUCCACUUGUGCCCCAGCGCAAGCUAGAAAGUAUGCCAUGGCCGGCGCUAGCGUGAUAUCUGUUCUUACUGAGCCAGAAUGGUUUAAAGGAAGCCUUGAAGACCUCCGCGCAGUGAGGCAGAGUCUCGAAGGCUUACCCAGCCGGCCAGCUGUUCUGAGAAAAGAGUUUAUAUUUGAUGAAUAUCAGAUUCUCGAAGGGCGCUUAGCGGGUGCUGAUACUGUGUUAUUAAUAGUGAAAAUGCUCUCCGUUGAGCUUUUGACUCGUCUCUACAACUAUUCACGUACGUUGGGUAUGGAACCCCUCGUUGAAGUCAAUACUGCAGCGGAGAUGGCUGUGGCUGUGAAGCUGGGAGCUCAAGUAAUUGGGGUCAAUAAUCGCGAUCUUACCAGCUUUGAAGUUGACCUAGGGACAACAAGUCGGUUAAUGGACUUAGUACCAGAACAGACCAUUGUUUGCGCUUUGAGUGGUAUAUCCGGCCCAAAGGAUGUGGAAGCAUAUCGCGCCGAUGGUGUCAUAGCAAUCCUUGUUGGAGAAGCUCUUAUGCGAGCAAGUAAUACUCAUGCUUUUGUGCAGAAUCUUCUUGGAUCUGAGCACCAGCUUCCUGCGAAUUCAGCAACACCGCCCCUCGUUAAAAUUUGUGGGACUCGUUCUGCAGAUGCAGCCCGCGCCGCUAUUGAAGCCGGUGCGGACUUUAUAGGAAUUAUUCUUGUCAACGGUCGUACACGGACAGUCUCUGAUAAGGUAGCUCUAGAAAUAUCCAAUGUUGUCAAGACAACACCACGGCGUUCAACACCCUCCGCUUUGACAACGCAAGGGUUACCGGCUGGCUUGGAUCAUUUUGACUAUAAUUGCAAUUUACUACGGCAUCCAGCUCGUGCACUUUUGGUCGGUGUAUUUGCAAACCAGCCUCUUCAAUACAUCAUUUCCCAACAGCGAAAUUUAGACCUUGAUGUUAUUCAACUUCACGGCUCUGAGCCUCUGGAAUGGACGAGGCUAUUACCAGUGCCAGUAAUCCGAAAAUUUUUGCCUGAAGACACCGAUGUCAUAAAGCGAGGCUAUCAUGCGCUUCCUCUAUUGGAUUCUGGCGCAGGCGGAACUGGAGAAAAGUUAUCAUUAACUGCUGUGAAGAAUGCCCUAGAAAGGGACGAUGGGCUUCGAGUAAUACUGGCGGGUGGUCUGACCCCUGAUAAUGUUGCUGACUCAAUCAAGGCCCUUGGGCAGCAAAGUCAUAAAAUAGCAGCCGUUGAUGUUAGCAGUGGUGUUGAAGUCGACGGGGUUCAGGAUUUGGAGAAAAUAAAAGCCUUUGUCGCUGCUGCGAAAAGUUUAUGA